UCGCUUCACCAUUUCCUUCCCUGAAGACCAAACAAGUCCUCUCUCUCUCUCUCUCUCUCUCUCUCUCUCAUUGUUACGGUGGUCGGAGACAGAGAUAUCAAGUCGUCGCCGAUCGGAAAAUCUCCCUCCAAAAACUAGCUUUAGCCGCCUCUUAAGCUCGUCGAGUUCAAGGAAAUCGAGUCACUGAUCUGCAAGUCGUGCCUUUGUUUCUUGUUGCUUUCUGACUUGAUUUGUGGCUGAGCCGGACAAACGUCGUCGUUUUUGAAGUUAUCUAAUGUGAUCAGUGAUUUUGGUAGAGGGGCAAAUCCAGAACGUGGAUAAUGGAUCGGUCGACGAUAACCGUGGGACCUGGUAUGGAUAUGCCGAUCAUGCACGAUAGUGACCGGUACGAUUUGGUCCGGGAUAUCGGGUCAGGGAACUUCGGUGUUGCGAGGUUGAUGAGAGAUAAGGUUACCAAGGAGCUUGUUGCUGUGAAGUAUAUCGAGAGAGGUGAUAAGAUUGAUGAAAAUGUUCAAAGAGAAAUUAUUAAUCACAGGUCACUUAGGCAUCCCAACAUCGUGAGGUUUAAAGAGGUCAUUUUAACUCCUACCCAUCUGGCCAUUGUGAUGGAAUAUGCAUCUGGAGGAGAGCUUUUUGAGAAAAUAUGCAAUGCUGGACGUUUCAGUGAGGAUGAGGCUCGAUUCUUUUUUCAACAACUCAUAUCAGGGGUUAGCUAUUGCCAUGCUAUGCAAGUAUGUCACCGUGAUUUGAAGUUGGAGAACACUUUACUGGAUGGAAGUGAGGCUCCUCGUUUGAAGAUUUGUGAUUUUGGGUACUCCAAGUCUUCAGUGCUUCAUUCGCAGCCAAAGUCAACAGUAGGUACUCCUGCAUAUAUUGCACCAGAAGUGUUGUUGAGGCAAGAAUACGAUGGCAAGAUUGCAGACGUGUGGUCAUGUGGGGUAACCUUAUAUGUGAUGCUGGUUGGAGCAUAUCCCUUUGAGGAUCCUGAUGAGCCAAAGGAAAUCAGGAAGACAAUACAGAGAAUUCUUAAUGUCCAGUACUCUGUCCCAGACAUUGUUCAGAUAUCUCCAGAGUGCCAUGAUCUGAUUUCUCGAAUUUUUGUUUUUGAUCCUGCAGCUAGGAUCAACAUUCCUCAAAUAAAGAACCACGAGUGGUUUUUGAAGAAUCUUCCAAUGGACCUAAUGGAUGAAAAUACAAUGGGCAACCAGUUUGAAGAGCCUGAUCAGCCCAUGCAGAGCAUUGAUACCAUCAUGCAAAUAAUUUCCGAAGCCACCAUACCAGCAGCUGGGGCUCAUGGCCUUAAUCGCUUUAUGACAGACAACCUCGACAUGGAUGAUGACAUGCUCGACUUUGAUUCUGAAUCAGAGCUUGAUGUGGAUAGCAGUGGGGAGAUAGUUUAUGCAUUAUAACUUUUUCAUAUCUUUACAAGAGGUGGUGGUUCUUCAGGCAUGUGGACAUAUCAAAAUUUAGCCAAGAAAAAAAAAAAAGAACGCAUUGUAGAAUGUGGUAGGUUAGAAUAGAAAAAAAACAGCUUAGGAAUAGGAAAAGUUCAACGUAUGCUUUGGGUCUGUCAUGUUCAGAAUAUGUAUCCUCUAUUCGUUUCUGUGUGGAGGGAUUUCAUCUUACUCCUUCAAAAGGGUUGGUAAGUGGUACAGAUCCUCAAACUCGGGGGAUAUGCACCCUUAGCCAUCCCAUUGAACGACUAUUAUCAUUUUUGCGUUGGUCCUGUGCAUUUUGUCUUCUGUACUGUUCUGGUAUAACAUAUGCUUUAUAUGAUAUUCAUGUAACAGCUGCUUGUAAGUUCUAAUAUAUUUGGCAGCUAGUUCAACUCGGA